AUGGCGUCCGACACACAUCUUCUGUUCCUGUUCCUCUAUCUGACCAUGCUGACACCGAGCCUUCAGCAGCAGUGUCCGUCAGCGUGCAGACAUAAGCCAGACCGAGGAGGAACCCCCGGCGAUGGCCAGCACAAUGUCGGGUACACACCAGACCCUGAUGGGCAGGAGGUUCACAUUGGUAUCGGGGAGGAUGAACCGGGACCUCAGAGGCCGAAUAUGGAGGACAAUGUUGUGACUGAACGGCAGCUCAGAGCUCUGGCUACAAAACUGGGGGCGGAAUGGGAGCAGCUCAGUACGGAACUCGGCUUCAGCCAUGGAGAACUCUACCAGUUCAAAGAAGACAACCCACGCAACGUGCGGCAAGCUAUAUUUGUGAUGUUGGCUACAUGGCGCGAAAAUCGUGGCCAGGAAGCCACCAUAGGUCGCCUCGUGCAACACAUGAGGAACGUUAAUAUAGAUGAGGAAAUCUACGGGGUCUUGUUAAGAGAUCCAGACUGA